AUGAAAGAAACUGCAGAAUCAUAUCUUGGAAAGACUGUCACAAAAGCUUUGAUCACUGUCCCAGCUUAUUUCAAUAAUGCUCAGAGACAAGCAACAAAGGAUGCUGGACGAAUUGCUGGUCUCGAUUUGCAGAGAGUCAUUAAUGAGCCUACUGCUGCUGCACUUUCCUAUGAUGUUGCACAUAAGAAAUUGUUUAAGCGAAAAAGAGAGAAAUAUCAUGUCAAGGAAGAAAGCCCACAUACAAAUAAUAGCAGUAAUAUUGACAUGUGUCGUGUCAACUAUAGAUCGAACAUGACAGGGUUGGUUAAUGCCAGCAAGCUGUACGCAAUCCAAACAGAAUUGCAAAAGUUCAAUCGUACCACAUUGCAGAGAGUUGACCUAAAUGAUAGUGACGAUGACAUCAACAUUCCCUUUAGCAGCCCACCUAGUGAGAGAGCUAUUGUCGUAGCAAGUACAAACCAACUUGACAUCAUCGAUAUGCUUGUCAAAGAAAAUCGGAAGGCAUGGGGCAUCAUAAGGCAGUGGGAAGAAAAAUACAAACACCUUGAAUCCUUAUGGGAGUUAAGGGCAAGAGUGAUAGCUGAUCUUAAAGAUAUACUAUUCAACCAAUCAAUCCCACCCAACAUGAACACUGAAAUCAAGAAUUGUUUGGAGAGAAAGGAUGCUAAAAUUCGGUGCUUGACACAGUUGAUCAUCGACAUAGAAUGCGAGAAAACAAUUCUUUAG